CUCUACCAAGAUAUCAUAACGAGCUUUCUUCAAGUCCAGACUCUUCUGACCAUCAGAACAAGAUGGCGAUGACUCUUCAACUCAUUCUGCUCCUUGGUUUGAGUAGUGGACUGUGGAUGGGAGCAAACGCGAAAUGCCAUAAAAAAGGUGGAUGCUGUGAGGGCUGUCCUGAUGGGUGGACCCCGAUAAAAGAGCGCUGUUACAUGUACCACAAUCUGGCAAAGGAAUGGUGUGAGGCUGAGAAACACUGUGUGAGCAAAGGAGGGAAUCUGAUUUCAAUCCUUGGACCUAAUGACAAGAUGGCAGUCAAAGACAUAUUAAAAAGGGCUGUGGGUAAACCUAUAGCUGUUUGGACCGGAACCCAUGAUGCAGUCAAGAAUGGUUGCUGGUUGAACAGUGAUGGCUCAGAGCAUCACAAGAGUUGGGCUGCUAAGGGCAAAAAAGGAGAAAACUGCAUCAUGUACGGACUUUCAGGCAACCCUGUUGCCUCAGACUGUUCAGCCAAAAAACCUUUCAUUUGCUCGACUGAAGUUGGCCCGAAGGACUGAAGUGCAGCAUCUUCGCUUCCCCUUUCAGAUCUGAGCAUCAAUGCUUCAAGAUUGAUCAACAUUUCUGAUUCACUGAAAUGAAAUCAAUAAAGCA